AGUUUAGACAAGCGGAGUGAGCAAAAUGGCGGACGAAGAUAUUACGCUUGAUGGGAAACCUCUACAAUCGCUCCGAGUUGCGGAUUUGAAAGCCGCCCUGGAGCAAAGAAACCUCCCAAAAAGCGGGCAGAAAAACCAACUCAUCAAGCGGCUCAAAGGGGCUCUGAUGCUGGAAAACCUACAGAAGUCAUCGUCCUCACACAGCGGGCUGCAGCCCAACUCUCAGAUAGGUGAAGAGAUGUGCCAGAACAGCUUUAUAAAACAAUACCUGGCCAAGCAGCAAGAGCUCCUUCGCCAGAGACUGGAGAGAGAGGCGAUGCAAGAGGAAGAGGCGGAUGAAAGCCCAGCCGCACCAGAGGAGGAUGAAGACCACUCUGAGGACAAUGACAGCUCUUCCUAUGUCUCUGACAAGCAGCAUCGAACCAUACCGUCCCAGCCCUCUAUGGCCACACAUGAAGAGACAGGAGGAGAUGCUAUGAUGGGUCAUAGCUCUGGUCCUACCUUCCACCUGCAGGAGUCUCCUGAGACUCCAAGUGUCAGGAUGCAGCGAGCCACCUUUCUCCAAGGACACAAGGAGCCACCAGCACCCUCUCCUCCCCGUGCAGUUGCCUCCCUGUCAGUGCGUGUUCUGGGACAGCCUGACCGCCAGGGACUGCCCCCUGCUGUACCCCGAGCCCAGGAGAAGGAGGGCACAGCACCAAGUGAGUCAGGAUCAGCUCAUUCAGUCCUCCACCUCAGUAGAUCUGCUGGGGGUUCGGCAGGAAGUAAGGCCCACGAGGACAGCGAUGAAGGUGAUGAUGGUGAUGAUGAGAGUGACGAUGAGGACUGGGGCCCUGGUCCUGGCGGGGCACGAAGGGGAAACAGAGUGCCUCCCUUGCCGCAGCAGAUGCCCCCCAGUCUCCCACCAGCAGCUGCAAGAUCCAAACGCAAGCUUCAGCCUCCGCAGCACAUCCCACCGCCACAGGUACACCACACUCCCAUGCAGCUGCGCCACCCCACUCCUCCUCCCUCUCCACCCCCCAACCUGUUCUCCCUGCCUGACACUCCCAAACAGAGCCCACCAGACACAGAUGACCAUGAGGCAGAAGGUCCUGAAGCUGCACGUCGCCCAAAGGUGGUGCCUUUCCCACCUUCCACCAUGCAGAGGCAAGACUCUGACACAAGCUCUCGCUCCAGUAGCCCUGAACCCCCUGUGAAGCGCAGGCCAGGACCCCUUUCUCUGCUUGUACACAAGAUGGAGUCAGAGGGGGCUUUUGGUGCUGUGGAGACCACAUCAGCUGAUGGCAUGUCAGGAAAGACGGUAUGUUCCACUGCCGGGUCUUCUAGUGAAUCGUCACUGCAAAAGUUAGAGACAAAGAGGCAGCAAGAAAAUAGAGAGAUGGAGGAAGAGAGGCGACUGAAGGAGGAGAAAGAGCAACAGCAGGAGCUGGAACAAGAGCGAAGGAAAACACAAGAGCAGGAAAGAGAGAAGAAACGCUUGGAAGAAGAGAAGGAAAAGGAGAGGAAACAGCGCCAGAAAGAGGAACAAGAAAAAGAGAGAAAACAACUGGAAGAGGAGAGGAAACAGCACCAGAAAGAGGAGCAAGAAAAAGAGAGAAAACAACUGGAAGAGGAGAGGAAACAGCGCCAGGAGGAACAAGAAAAAGAGAGAAAACGACUGGAAGAGGAGAGGAAACAGCACCAGAAAGAGGAGCAAGAAAAAGAGAGAAAACAACUGGAAGAGGAGAGGAAACAGCGCCAGAAGGAGGAACAAGAAAAAGAGAGAAAACGACUGGAAGAGGAAAAAGGAGAAGAGAAGAAACGCCAGGAUGAGAAGAAGCAAAGAGAGGAGAAACGGUUAAAGGAGGAGCAGGAAAAAGAGGGAGCUGUCAAACAGAGAGUGGUGGUGACUGAGGCCCAAGAUUCAGGCUCCUCGUCAGAUUCUGACUCUAAAUCAGACUCCUCUUCACAGUCGUCACAGUUUUCCUCCUCCUCAGGAGAUAAAAUCCAACCUGCCAGGCAGCUGAAGAAAGCAGGCCAGCGACAAGAUGCAGAAGAUGAGAAAAAGAUGAACCAGAGUAAAGGGGCAGAGAAAGCACACCUUUCCAAAAGGGAGGUGUCGGAGCCCAGCGCUGCUGCUGUGACGGAGGUGGAACCAGACUCAGAGAGCUCCAUGGCUGAGCAGCCAGCCUCUGGGGCUGAGCCAGAGAACAGCGAAGUCCGCCUGGAGGAGAGCACCACUCCUAAGGCUUUUGCUGCUCGCAAGAUAUCCUUAACCAGCAGCAAGACGUCUCCAGCCACUACGGAUGGAGGAACAGGGGAGCCUGAUGCAGGAACUGCAGCAGGGAGGAAGAGGCGAUGGGGCUCCAGCACGGCAGUCACGGCUAAGAAACCAUCCAUCACAAUUACCACGGACUCCCUGAAGUGUUUAAUCCCAGACAUCAAAGUAAACCAGGAGGCAGUGGUGGAGCUUCACCCAGAGGAGCUGCAGUUGUCUGGAGAUGAGGAAAACCUGGACACUAACCAGAGCGACCCGGACAAAGGCCUCAAGAUCCGACGCACUGUCACACAGGUUGUCCCAGGUGACAACCAGGAAAAUGGACAGACAAAUGAAGAAGAAGAAGAAGAAGAGGUUGAGAAACCAGAGAGAGAAAAGCAACGGAGGACAUCCAGAGACAAAAGGAAGAACAGUCUUUCUGAGGAAGCCUCGGAAACACAGACAUCUGUCAACCUCGACGGAGAGGCAAAUAAAGUUACCCCGAGCGACAGUCUGGUGCGUCGCUCGAUAAGUCAGCAGAAGUCUGGUGUGUCUGUCACGAUCGACGACCCCGUCCGCUCAAACAAGCAGCCAUCACCGCCUCGUGGAAAAGUUUCAAACAUCAUUCAUGUAACAAACCUGGUACGACCCUUCACUCUGGGCCAGCUCAAAGAGUUACUGAACCAGACAGGUAGCGUGGUGGAAGAGGGAUUCUGGAUCGACAAGAUUAAAUCUCACUGCUACGUCACAUACGCUACAUCAGAGGAAGCAGUCGCUACCAGAACUGCACUCCAUGGGGUCAAAUGGCCUACGAGCAAUCCCAAAGUGCUUAAUGUGGACUUCUGUGAGCAGGAUGAGCUGGACUUUCACAAAGGUGUCCUGAAGCCAGAAAGGGAGGAGGAACACGUCGUCCAGCCAGGUGGUCCUCAGAACCGGCUGCCCCCUCUGAUGCCUGAGCGAGACCGGGACAGAGACCGCGAAAGAGACAGGGAGCGUGAACGGGAACGGGACAGAGGCGUGCGGGAUCUGUGGGCAGAGCGAGAAAGAGAGAUGCAGCGCCGGGAAAGGGCGCGAGGUGAGCGGGAAUGGGACCGGGACAAGGUCCGGGAGUUCGCAAGACCGGGAGAGGACGAACAACGAUCUAGAUCAAGAGACAGAGAGAGGAGGAGGAGGGAGAGAGCCAAGAGCAAGGAGAGGAAGACUGAUAAGAAGGAGAAGGGAGAUGAACCUCCAGCCAAAUUGCUUGAUGACUUGUUCCUCAAAACCAAAGCAGCUCCAUGUAUAUACUGGCUUCCACUGACCGAGGAGCAGGCGGCGCAGAGGCUUUUAGAUCGCACAGAGCGCCAAAAGGAGCGCGAGCGAAGGCGCAAAGAGCAGCAAGAGGAGGAGGACAAGAAACGGGAAGAGGAGAAGAAGGAGAGGCUGAAGGCCCGGGAGAAGGACGGCGGCAUGGCGGCAAGCGGCGGGGCGGCUGGGCGAGGAGCUGAAGGAGAUCGAGAGCGGGACCGAGGCCGAGACAGGGAGGGGAAUCGCAGUCGAGACAGGGAGGGGAAUCGCAGUCGAGACAGGGAGGGGAAUCGCAGUCGAGACAGGGAGGGGAAUCGCAGUCGAGACAGGGAGGGGAAUCGCAGUCGAGACAGGGAGGGGAAUCGCAGUCGAGACAGGGAGGGGGACCGUAGUCGAGACAGAGAGGGUGAAAAGAGGUGGGACAGCAGCCACCGGCCCAGACGACCUUCUCCAGGCGCUGGUAGUGGACGGCGGUCUCGCAGUCGUAGCAACCCCAGGGACAGACGCCGCUGAGGGCCUGGAGGCUGCAGGGAAAGCUGAAGAGUGAUAGAGGGGGGGAAGCAGUGCAGCAGAGGACGCAGCAGACAGGAAGUCUUGGGAGUGUUUCACAUGCCUCAUGUUCAGGACUUGCGUCUGCCCCUCACUACCUGCCCCACUGUGCUUUAACUCGUCCACUUCGACGCCAGCGUUGUCUUCCACACACUUCUGCCAUUUCCCCCCUCCCCCCGCCUUCUUAAUGUUCUCACAGAUAAUCCUGAUUACAUUUGUAGGAAAAUGUCAGUUCAUCUGUCUCCUGUACCACGUUCUUCUGUUCUUUGUCUUCCAGAAGCAAAAUUCUGUCCUUUCUCCUGUAGAGAGCAGCGUUCCUCCUCGUCUCUGUGUAGUGCUGUCAUAAUUCUCCUCCAUUGAAGAAAAAGAAGCAGAGGGCGGUUGUUUUCUGGCUCGCCUCUUCAUUUUAUCCCACUGAGGUUUGGGAGCCUGCCUCUUUAUUUUAGUUCUGCGGGCACACAUUUCCUUCCUCCUCAGCGCCCUGUAAUAUAACCAGUUAAAAAUAGAUCCCUGACCUUCACAUAUUUUCUAGCAUAAAUUGUAAUGUUCCAAUCUUCAGCACUAAGUUUUUGGUUUUUAUUUACUCUUACAAGCAAUCCUUGUGAAAGUGAGGAACGUUAUUUUGUUUUGUUGAAGUAUUCUGAGUCAAGUUUUGUUUUUUCCACCCUUGGGGGAUUGUUGUGCAUAACAGCAAGUGACGUUAGAGUAAUAAACAAAAGGUGCAACUUGUCUCAACACUGUAAACUAAAAAAGUGGUAGGAAGAGACGUGGUCUUAUGCCUGAAUUUGUAUUUAGGGGAUGUUUAUGGAGACGAGAAGGAGAGGAAAUAGAAUUCUUUGAUAAUUUUGUGAAACUGAAUUUCACUGAAGUCUCCGUUCUCAAACACGUCCUCUGAUCCUUCAAUCAUAUAUUUAAAAGGAGAAUAAGAAUAAAAAGUUUAUCUUCUAAUAGAGUGAUGGUUACAAUUUUAAUAUUUUUAAUUUUGUUUGUAGCUUGAAACAUUUUAAUUUUGAUUUUUCCCCCGUUCUCCUGCCAGUGCUGAAUGUACCUGAGAAUUUAAAAAAAGUGAAUAAAUUUAAAUUGGUAAUCACA